CAAAAACACCCACACGAAUUUCAAUAUUCUCUCUCUCUCUCUCUCCCCUCCAUUGUCCGUACACUCGUUUAGGUUCUGAGAGAGAGAGAGACGAAGACCCAUAUCGAUGGUUGUGCAAUCGCCGAAAUGCGUGGGUCCCAAUGCCAACGGCGGCGUCUCCGGCGACGCCUCCGCUCUCAAAACCCUUAAAUCGUCGUCGCCGUCGCCGGCUCCGUCGACGACGUCCUUUCCUAGGAGAAGCAGUGCUCGGAUUCAGGACAAGAAGGAGCUUCUGGUGCGUCGCAGGGUUGAGUUGCUCGCCGAGGACGAAGACAAAAAUGGAGGAGCCGCGAAGAAGAGAACCACUGCUCCUGCUGUUGCUAGUUCUAACAGGAGAAGAAGCUUCUCUGGUUCUGAUAAUGGCGGUAUGGAAGAGAAACCCAUGGAUCUUGUUCCGGAAGCGGAAUCCAAGAAGCCCAUUGAUGGUGUUAGUGGUCCGAGCGCAACUAAUCCGGUGGGGAAAAGUGACCAUGCUAAGAUCAAGGACACUCUCAGGCUGUUCAACAAGCACUAUCUUCAUUUCGUACAGGAAGAGGAGAAAAGGUGCAAAAAGGUGGUAGUGCAGCUUGAUAAGAAAUCUAAAGGAUCUAAAUCAAAGAAAGGAGCUGUGACAGAAGAUACGAAGAGCACAGCAAAGCGACCUGAUUUGAAGGCAAUAACUAAGAUGACUGAGAACAAAGAAACUUUGUAUUCCAGUAAACGAAUUGGCAAUAUUCCAGGUAUUGAUGUUGGCCAUCAGUUUUAUUCUCGAGCUGAAAUGGUGGUCGUUGGUUUCCAUAGCCACUGGUUGAAUGGAAUAGAUUACAUGGGGCAAAACUACAGUAAAGGGGAAUACAGUAAAUACACAUUCCCACUAGCAGUGGCUAUUGUUUUGUCUGGAAUGUAUGAAGAUGAUCUGGAUAAUGCUGAGGAUGUUGUAUAUACUGGUCAAGGUGGGCAUAAUUUGACAGGUGAUAAACGUCAAAUUCGAGAUCAAGUGAUGGAGCGUGGAAACUUGGCACUCAAGAAUUGUGUGGAGCAAGAUGUGUCCGUUAGAGUAGUUCGUGGCCAUGACUCUUCAAGUAGUUAUUGUGGUAGAGUUUACACUUACGAUGGCUUGUACAAGGUCGUUCAAUAUUGGGCAGAGAAGGGUAUUUCUGGAUUUACUGUUUUUAAGUAUCGCCUAAAGCGGCUUGAAGGGCAACCAUUGUUGACCACUAACCAGGUCCAAUUUAGCUAUGGGCGUGUUCCACAGUCGAUCUCAGAAAUACGAGGGUUGGUAUGUGAGGACAUUACUGGUGGUCAAGAAAAUAUUCCUAUUCCAGCUACAAAUUUGGUUGAUGAUCCACCUGUUGCACCCACAGGUUUCACAUAUCACAAGUCUAUUCAAGUAUCAAAAGGUGUGAAGCUUCCCAAGAACACUGCAGGUUGCAAUUGUAUAGGAACCUGUGGAGAUCCCAAGACUUGCUCCUGUGCUAAGCUUAAUGGCGGGGACUUCCCAUACGUGCAUCGUGAUGGAGGCAGAUUAAUUGAAGCCAAGGAUGUGGUUUUUGAAUGUGGCCCGGGAUGUGGCUGUGGACCUGGUUGUGUCAACCGUACCUCUCAGAGAGGAUUCAAGUACCGAUUUGAGGUUUUCCGCACUCCUAAGAAAGGCUGGGCUGUUAGAUCUUGGGAUUUUAUACCUUCCGGCGCACCAAUAUGUGAGUACACGGGAAUUCUAAGGAGGCAAGAAGAUGUAGAUAGUGUCUCGGGGAAUGAUUAUAUUUUUGACAUCGAUUGCUUGCAGACAAUGAACGGUGUAGGUGGAAGAGAGCGACGGUCGCGUGAUGCAUCCAUAGCAGCUGUUAAUUCAUUGGACAAGCAUGGAGAUAGAUCUGAAAGUGUACCGGAGUUUUGCAUCGAUGCUGGUUCAAGCGGAAAUAUAGCUAGAUUUAUUAAUCACAGCUGCGGUCCCAAUCUGUUUGUCCAAUGUGUUUUGAGCUCACACCAUGAUGUAAAGCUUGCAAGAGUAAUGCUAUUUGCUGCGGACAACAUACCUCCUUUGCAGGAGCUCACAUAUGAUUACGGGUACGCACUUGAUAGUGUGUUUGGCCCGGAUGGCAAGGUAAAACAAAUGCCUUGUUAUUGUGGCGCUACAGACUGCAAGAAACGGUUGUACUAACUAGCUUUGUUGG